AUGUCGAGUAGUGCGGACAGUCCGCCUGGGAAGAGGCGGAAGACCGACCCUAAGGGCAAGGGUCUGGGCGCCUUGGCGAAGCUGGAGGCGGAGGACAAGGACUACGACCCGUUCGCGGAGGAACCGGAGUUCGAGGAGGCGGGCGGGACAGAAACGGCUUCUUCGACUGGCCAGGCCAAGGGCGAGGCGGAGCUGGCGAGCAAGGACAGCAAGCAGAAGACGGAGGCCAAAAGGGAGGCGCCGCCAGAGCCGGCCGCGGCUGCAGAGCCGCCCGUGGCAAAGCCGGCAGAGGCGAAGAAGGCGGAGCCGGUCGCACCGGCGACAGAGCAGACCGUGCCAAAGCCUCCCUGGCGAGUCGAAAAGGACCUCCUCGGGCACUCUUUCCACCUCUGCCUCCUGGACUGCCACCUCAGCAAGAACCUCCUGCAGGACCGGCAGCUCAGCAAGGACGUCCAGGAGCACCGCUUCGUCCGCCAGGCAAAGCUGCUCUCGCUGCGGCGGGUUUUGGUCACGGCACAACGCCUCGCGGGGGACGCGGACUACGUGUGCCGGGACCUUGCCAGGAAAGCAUGCCCAGCAGAAGGGUUCCGGGAAGAUGUUAGCACGGCCUUGUCGCGACCUGGUACUUCUUAUCAGGAAGCUGCAGAAAAGCUUGGAUGCCGUGUGGAAAAAGUGAAGAGGGCUGCUCACGAACUCGGUGGGAAGCGAGAAGCAUGGAGUUUCUUGCACAUGGGCGAGAAUGCAGGCAUAGCCGUAGCCAAGCUGCCUGCAUUGCUGACACUUCUCUGUGCCCGGACACCGGCGCUUUUUGAGGCUUUCCAUAAAGCAACUGUUGAGGCAGCGCACAAGCCUCUGAGCCUGGUACUGUCAUUCGACGAGGCUACUGCAGGGAACGUUCUAGCGCCCGAUCCCGCCAAGAAAGCCUGCAUGCUCUACAUCGCUUGCAAGGAGGUUGGGGUGCAAAGUCCUGCUUUGUGGUGGCCUGUCAGUGUCGUGAGAGCUGACAUAAUGAAGCACCACCUCCAUGGCAACCUCGGCAUCGUCCUCCGCUACUUUUUGCGCACGAAUCCCGCAGAGCAACUCAUGGCUGGCUUUUGGGUUGAGACUACAGGCCACACACCCUUCGUCUUGAGAGUGCGCAUCGCAGCAGUGAUAGCAGAUGGCGAAGCCCUCAGACAGUCGCUGAGUUGCAAGGGCGCAGCAGGGCUCAAACCCUGUCACAUCUGCAAGAACGUCAUCAAAAAGAACCAUGACAUGACAGGGUCCUUGCAGGGCUAUCUUCAGGACAUCUCUUCUCUUCCAGGUUCAUGGGAUCGCAUGACGGACGAAGAGAUUUUUCAGUUCUGCGAUGAGCAGCGGCGACGAAAGACGGUCCUCUCCGCGGCCGCAUUCAAGGAGGAAGAAACUCUGGCCGGCAUUGUUUACAAUGAGGAGAGCUUGCUCCAAGACUCUUGGGCUCGGCUUCAGCUGCCACCAAGUGUCUUCAUGUAUGACUUCCUCCACAUCUAUUUUACCAAGGGUGGAGUGGCCAGUCUGGAGGUCUCUUUCAUUGUGCAGCGAGCAGCCGCAGCUCUGAACGUGAGCCACGAGGACCUGGCGGACCUGCUGCGAGAGCAUGCCUGGCGAGUCCCCGGACACAUCAAGAACUUCGCAGGACCGGCAAACCGAGCCCGUCUCUUUGACUCCAGUCGCUUCAUGGAACUUGGCUACAAAUCCAAGGCCUCCGACCUCCAGCAGCUCCUGCCACUGCUGGGCUGCUUGCUGGAGAUGUUGGACACAGAAAAUGUUUUGCGGCCGGAAAUGAGCAGUUACCACAAGCUGUUCCAGAUUCAGCGAGAGCUGGGAAGGCUCAAGGCUUUGGAUGACGUUGAGUCCACACAAUCUUUACAGAGGCUUCAGAGCGAGCACCACGUUCUUUGUGUCCAAGCUUACGGCGAAAAAAUCCUGAAACCCAAACACCACUGGCGCUUCCACGCAGCCGAACAGGUGCAAAACUGGCAGGCCUACAUCGAUACCGGUCCAUGCGAGACCAAACAUCAGCUCUAUAAAGCUAUCACAGAGAGAAAUUACGACGCGGUCACGCAUCAUGCUUCUUGGUCGGAGGCAAUUGCACUAAGGCUGCUCAUCUCCUCUCACGAACAGGUGCGAACCUUCUAUGCCGACCAGGCCGAGGUUUUCAUAGGGAAACCUACUCGCUGCACUGGACCUGGACUGAGCUAUCGAGCUGUGAGGCUGCAUGGCCGCCACUGGACGCAAGGCGACUUCCUCUUGGAGCCUGUCCCAGGACAAAUUCUGCGGUGCUUGAAGGAUUCCGCGGACAGGCCUGUCCUCUUGCUCAGGCAGUAUCGGCCGGCGACAACAGCAGUCUUCAGUACUCUGUUUCGCCGCACAUCCACUGUGCGUCACUUGCAUGAUUUGCGCCGUACGCGACACGCCUCCUGGUGGCUUUGCGAGAACGAGGAUGUGGUGCGAGCGGUGCCGUGA